AUGUCACCGCGAUGGCAAAGCCUUCCAACGCGCAAUGAAUCGGCGCCGCCACUACUGUAUAGCUUCGAUUACACGCCUCAAUUCUACGAGUUCCAUCUCACAGAUCUAACGUACAUAUGGUUCGAACACCUAGACCAUAAGCAUAUUCUGCGGAGAGCCGAGGACAGCGAGACAAGUAUCGAUCCAAGUGAGGAUGCAAACCAAUAUGCUGUGUUUAUGCAGAAGAUACAAGAUGCUCUCCGCGGGGCAAAGUCUAGCAUUGUGAAUGUAGCCGCCAAUGGCAAGCCAGGGUCUCUUUCAGUCACUACCAGUACCAACUUGCCAGGUGGGUUGAGACCCUUAAAAUGGUCCUUUUCGCUUUCCAGAGAACGCCCGUCGGCAGUCACGCGACAGUUGCUUCUUCCUCUGCUAAAGGGUGAAAAGGAGCACGAAAAGCGAGAGCAGUCAUUGUUAGACCAUAUCAGAGACAAGGAUAGUGUCUUGUCUAAAAUUUUCGACAAGAUCGAUGCGUCUCAAUUGACCACGAUGUUCCCGGGGACUACGGGUGCCCGCCAUGCGAAGCCGAAAAUAUCGGAUUUGAUCAAGCAUAUCAAAGGAGCCACCAAAUUUGACGAGAAAGAAUGGCGCGGAAAUUUGAAAUUUGAGCAUACUGUCGUAUCAGAUGUAGAAAAUUUUGCGGAAUCUGUGUCUAAAUUUACGGGCUCGGCUAUCUCUGACACCUGGUGGGAAAAUCUUGACAAUGGCGGAUUGGCAUCAAAAUCAUCGAGCAGACUACAAGAUGUAGAAACAAGGAGAAAAAGCUAUUCUUCCACCGUUGAUACGGACGCUGAGGGGCAGAAGGAUCUUGAUGAGGACAAGAGCACUGAGGAUGAGGAUGAAUUCCAGCGUCAAGAGACCCCGCCUCAUCUGAAGCGGAAGAAAGAGGAAACAUUCAAAAAACAAGUGCAUAAGAAUGCACCUGACGGUGUGGCUGGCACCACGGAAUCAGACCAAGAGAAUGAAUCGACUGAUGAGCUAGAAAGCCGGCGGGCGCCUGUUCAUAAAGUAAAGCCUCCUCCGAAGAAUGCGGUAGGCCGUAUUGGAGGGCCAAAGGCUGUUACUCUUGGGCGAUCAAGAAAGGAAUCCGCCUCAUUGUCUACAGAUUCCGAUUCAACAUCAGAGUCACCGAAGUCGAAGCAACGCACUACUGGGGCCACACGGAAAAUGCCUGAAUUGAACGAUGACUCCUCCAUAUCUUCCGAUUCCGAACUCGGACCAUCUGCAGCAUCGAGAUCUAAAUCCCCUGGACCUAAAAAGGACAAACAUGCUGGAACGACUAUUACCAUCACCACAAAACCAAAAGGGGCUCUCGGCAGGAUAGGAGGCAGAAAACCAGAGCCUAAGAAACCGUUGCAACCACCUUCGCCUGAAGCACUCGACGACGUCGUCGAAACGCAAUCUUCUUCUGAGGACGAUGAGAGGCGCCAUCGUCCCCCCAAGCCUCUUCCAACUCCAAAAAGGACCAAGAAACUUGGCCUCAUAGGUGGUGGCAAAAAGAAAACACAACCAAACAUAACCCUGUCGCCCAAACAUGAGAGUGAUGGUGACGACUUGGACGCUGGGUCUAUUAGGAAAGCUACAAAGGCGAAACUACCAUCAUCACCAUCACCACCUCCACCACCAUCCAAAUCGCCUUCACCUAUACAACAACGACGCGCGCCCAAACCCGAACGCGAGCCCGAGCCAGAAUUAUCUGCUGAACAAAAAGCAAAUCGAAAAAGAGAAGAAUUGAAAAGACAAUUGGACGCAAGGAGUAAAGCUCCUGUAAAGAAGAAACGAAAAUUCUGA